AUGCCAGACAAAAAACUUAAAGGAGGCCACAUGGCAAUCAUUGAGAAUUGGUACCAUCAGAUUCCUGCUUUUACCGAUGUGUUCACCGAGGAAAGUUUCUACAUGUUCGUGGUUUGUUUCGUACUGACGACAAUUGCCGUCGUGUUUAUUUUGUCACGUUUUAUCACUCUGAAACCGGUGGAUUGAAAUGCGCUGAACAGAAAGCCAGUGAGGAAAGCAGUGGUUAUAGAGUGUAGGGCAGGCCAGAUGAAAUGUAAAGUUUAGCUAAUUAAUAAACCUGUAUGUCUUUAA